AUGAGGGUGAUCUGGCUCGCUCUCUGCGGCGGCGCGGCCGCCUUCCAGGCUGGCCCGGCGCUGCGGCAGGUGCCGCGCCGCCACGCCGCUCCGGCCGCUCUCGCCGUCGACGGGCUGCACGACGCGCUGCAGCAGGGCAUGCACGGCGCGUCGCUGCUGCUAGCCGACCGGCCGCAGACGGCCGAGGCGAUCCGCGCGGCAGAGGGCACGCUGGGGUGGUGGGGGACGUACAUCAAGACCGUGGAGGACGGUCUGAUCACGCUGCACGACCUGCUCAGCGCGAACGGCGUGCCCAACGCGUACGGCCUCUCGAUCUUCCUCUUUGUGCUCGGCGUCAAGCUUGUGACGCUUCCGCUCAACUGGAAGCAGAUCGACUCGUCGGCGCAGAUGAAGGCGAUCAAGCCGCAGCAGGACCUGCUCAACAAAUGGUAUGCCGACAACACGCAGUUCAAGAACAACGAGAUCGGAACCCUCUUCGAGAAGGUUGACGUCAACCCGCUCGCCGGCUGCCUGCCGUCGCUCGCGCAGAUCCCGGUCUUCCUCGGCGUGUACUACUCGGUGACGGCGAUCGCAAAGGCAAAGAUCUUCGACGAGGGCUUCCUCUGGAUCCCCAACCUCUCCG